AUGCCUCACCGGACCAUUCAUCUCUUCCGUAAGGGACUUCGGCUCCAUGACAACCCAACUCUGCUAGCCGCACUGGAGUCCUCAGAGGUUGUGUAUCCAGUCUACAUUCUGGAUAGAAAGUUCCUGAUGUCUGCAAUGAAUAUGGGAACUCUGCGCUGGCAUUUCCUGCUGCAGUCCCUCGAGGAUCUGCAGAGGAACCUAACUAAACUGGGUUCUUGCUUACUGGUUAUUCAAGGAGAGUAUGAGUCAGUUCUUCGAGACCAUGUUAAAAAGUGGAACAUUACCCAGGUGACUCUAGAUGCUGAGAUUGAACCAUUUUACAAAGAGAUGGAGAGGAUCAUACAAGUUCUGGGGGGAGAGAUGGGGUUUGAUGUGCUUUCUUUGAUGGGCCACACGCUUUAUGACAUCAGACGGAUUUUGGACAUGAAUGGUGGGACUCCCCCCUUGACAUACAAAAGAUUUCUUCAUAUCCUCUCUGUACUCGGGGACCCUGACAUGCCUGUACGAAACCUUACAGCUGAGGAUUUCCAGAGAUGUAAGCCUCCUCCUGAGCUGCGCCUGGCUGAAUGUUACAGGGUGCCCCUCCCCGAGGAUUUGGAAAUCCCCCGAGAGAGCCAGUCCCCCUGGAGAGGGGGAGAAACUGAAGGGCUGCAGCGACUAGAGCAACACUUGAAAAAUCAGGGCUGGAUAGCAAAUUUUACUAAACCAAAAACAAUUCCAAAUUCUCUGCUUCCAAGUACUACAGGACUGAGUCCCUAUUUCAGCUUGGGCUGUUUGUCAGUUCGGAGUUUUUUUUAUAGAUUAUCAAACAUUUAUGCUCAGUCAAAGAACCACUCUCUGCCACCUGUGUCACUUCAAGGACAGCUUCUGUGGAGAGAAUUCUUCUAUACAGUGGCAUCAGCAACACCAAACUUUACCAAAAUGGCGGGGAACCCCAUCUGCCUUCAGAUCAACUGGUACCAGGAUGCAGAGAGACUCCACAAGUGGAGAAUGGCUCAGACAGGGUUUCCAUGGAUUGAUGUUAUCAUGACUCAGCUUCAUCAGGAAGGUUGGAUUCACCACCUUGCUCGACAUGCUGUUGCCUGCUUCCUGACUCGAGGAGAUCUCUGGAUCAGCUGGGAAGAGGGCAUGAAGGUGUUUGAAGAGAUGCUGUUAGAUGCAGACUACAGUAUCAAUGCAGGAAACUGGAUGUGGCUGUCAGCCAGCGCUUUCUUCCAUCAGUACACACGCAUUUUCUGCCCGGUCCGCUUUGGCAAACGCACAGAUCCAGAAGGGCAAUAUAUCCGAAAAUACCUCCCAGUGCUAACGAAUUUUCCUUCCAAGUACAUCUACGAACCUUGGACAGCACCAGAAGAGGCACAGAAGCAAGCAGGAUGUAUUAUAGGUCAAGAUUAUCCACUCCCUAUGAUAAACCACAAGGAAGCCAGUGACCGUAAUCUGCAGCUCAUGAAACAGGUCAGAGAAGAACAGUAUGGAACAGCACAGCUCACAAGAGAUGACAUGGAUGAUCCAAUGGAAAUGGGGCUAAAGCGUGAACGCUCUGAAGAAAAUUCAAAGAAAGGAAAACGUGCCAGGAACAGAGAACAGACAUAG